UCGGGGCGGGCCAGGUCAGGCCGAGAAAUAGAAGGGUGAAACGCGGCGGGGUAGGCAUUCCAGACGACCCCCGGGUGGCCCAAUGUCGCGCAGCGGAACCGGCUCUGAGCAGCGCCAGCCGGAGUCAGAGGUCGACGCCACGCCAGCAACCUUCAGGCCGAGUGAGCAUCAGCAUAUCCGCUACAACCCGCUGCAAGAUGAGUGGGUGUUGGUGUCAGCUCAUCGCAUGAAGCGGCCCUGGCAGGGCCAAGUGGAGCCCCAGCUUCUGCCGACAGUUCCCCGUCAUGACCCCCUCAAUCCUCUGUGUCCAGGGGCCAGACGAGCCAAUGGAGAGGUGAAUCCCCACUACAGUGGCACAUAUCUAUUUGACAACGACUUCCCAGCUCUGCAGCCCGAUGCCCCCAGUCCAGGACCCAGUGAUCACCCCCUUUUCCGAGCGGAGGCUGCUCAAGGAGUUUGUAAGGUCAUGUGCUUCCACCCCUGGUCGGAUGUGACGCUGCCACUCAUGUCAAUCCCUGAGAUCCGGGCUGUCGUCGAUGAGUGGGCUUCAGUCACAGAAGAGUUAGGUGCCCAGUACCCUUGGGUGCAGAUCUUUGAAAACAAAGGAGCCAUGAUGGGCUGUUCCAACCCCCACCCUCACUGCCAGGUGUGGGCCAGCAGUUUCCUGCCAAAUGUUCCCCAGCAGGAGGAGCGAUCUCAGCGUGCCUAUCAGAGUCAGCAUGGAGAGCCCCUGCUAAUGGAAUAUGCCCGGCAGGAGCUACUCAGGAAGGAGCGUCUGGUCCUAACCAGUGAGCACUGGAUAGUGUUGGUCCCCUUCUGGGCAGUGUGGCCCUUCCAGACACUGAUGCUGCCCCGUCGGCAUGUACGGCGGCUACCUGAGCUAACUCCAGCUGAGCGUGAUGAUCUUGCCUCUAUCAUGAAGAAGCUUUUGACCAAGUAUGACAACCUAUUUGAGACGUCCUUUCCCUAUUCAAUGGGCUCACAUGGGGCUUCUCAAUGGGCUGGGGCUCCCACUGGACCAGAAGCUGGGGCCAAUUGGGACCACUGGCAACUGCAUGCUCAUUACUACCCUCCACUCUUACGUUCGGCCACUGUCCGGAAAUUCAUGGUUGGCUACGAAAUGCUUGCUCAGGCUCAAAGGGAUCUCACUCCUGAGCAGGCUGCAGAAAAAUUAAGAGCACUUCCUGAGGUUCAUUACCGCCUGGGGCAGGACAGGGAGACAACAGCCAUCGCCUGACCACGCUGACCACAGGGCCUUGACUUCUGCCUGAAGGAACUGGGACCUGAGUUUGGGCAGAUAUUCAUCAAUAAAACUGCUUCUUAAACUUAAAUUACA